AUGCUUCAACAUCCUCCAAUUAAAAAGCUAUCUUCGAUCCAAAGAAAAACUGUGCCUUCAAGAUCUUUUUCUGGUCUUCCUUCCCAAUCAAUCCCUCAACUGAAUCAACAACUCCAAUCACAUUCUCAGUCACAUUCCCAAUCUUCAACAACCUACCCUUUUGUUAAACCUUCCCUAAUCAAUUCUCUUCCAACUGUUUCCACUGGUUCUUCCUCUAUCGAUAAACUAUUACAGCAUGGAGGCUUACCAAUUGGCUCUUCUCUUUUAAUCGAGGAAAAAAAAAAUUCAGAUUAUAACUCUGUUUUAAUUAAGUUCUUCAUAUCACAAAGUAUUAUCCAAAAUCAAUCCUUUAAAAAUUCAAAUCAUUUAAUAUUAAUUAAUCACGAUACUUCUUAUUUAAACAAUCUACCUAAUUUAUAUAUAUCUUCAGAUGAUAAAAAAAAAAAAAAAAUUUUAAAUUUUAAAAACUUGGAGAAAAAAAAUUUAAUUGGCAACCAAAAUGACAUCUCAAUUAUUCAUAACAAUUCAAAUAAUAAUGACAUGAAAAUUGCCUGGAGAUAUUCAAAAAUUACACCACAAAGUUCCCCAUCACAAAUCGCAAAUUCAAUAGAUAAUAUUUACUGCUCAAAAUUUGAUAUUAGAUCUUCUUUAUCUCCUGAUCCUUCCAACUUUUCCUUUUUAUCAAUUGACCAGCGUGAUACCUCAAUUUUUAUCAAGAAUUUGUUUACUUUAAUAUCAGAUUUAAUAUCUAAAAACACAAAUAUUAUUAUAAAAUUAAUUCUACCAAAUUUACUUAAUCCUUCUUUGUAUCAUCCAAUUUUGUUUCAAUCUUAUAAAAUCUUACCCAUCUUGAUAUCUUUAAAAGAUCUACUAAAAAAAUUUCCUAAGAAUCUAAUUCUAGUUUCCUCAAUCUCGUCUGAUUUACUACCAAGAAAUUCUGGUCUCCUAUCAAUAAUUAAAUCUCAUGUUUUUGAUACAAUAUUUCAAUUGGUGCCUUUCGAUCAAUCUCUAAUAAAAUUGCUACAAAAAAAUUAUCCAAAAUCAAGUUUAAAUUUAGUCCCUCAUGGGUUUUUCAAUAUUUUAAAGGUUUCCUAUUUAUCUGACGUUAAGGCUUUGAAUGUCACAAAUACAAACCAGUUAACUUUUAAAAAUACAAAGCAUGGUUUUCAAAUUGAUACCUUAGAAAACCACCAAGUAAUUUAA